CCUCAAAAAGGAAGAAGUAAACUGGUCUUGAACAGACUGACCAUAAGAAGAGGGAACGGAUAGAAAAAGUAACCCAGUACCUAAUAAUCACGAACAGAAAGACCAGAAGACAUCUAUUCCCAGCCAGAGGUUGUGCUCGUAACAGCAAUGGAGGAGCUGACAUACGAGGAGUCCAUCAGGAGAGCCAGCAAAAUGAUCUGCCGCUUCCCCCUGAGGAGCGUCAGGGGCAUCCCAUUAAUCGAGCCCAUUGCUCAGAAUUGGGAAUCAAUCUGGUCCUUCUGUCCUGACCCCUCUGAUCUUCUCAUCUCUACAUACCCCAAAGCAGGAACGACAUGGACUCAGGAGAUAGUGGACCUGUUGCUGCAUAAUGGAGAUGCUGAAGCUUGCAGAAGAGCAAAUGUGGCUGUGCGGAUACCCUUCCUUGAGAUCAUCUCCUCACCCCCAUUCCCCUCUGGUCUGGAUCUCCUCAAUAAAAUGAAUCCCCCUAGAGUAAUCAAGACCCAUCUCCCAAUCCAGCUGGUACCUGAAGGAUUUUGGAAAAACAAGUGUAAGGUGAUUUAUGUGGCUCGAAAUGCUAAAGAUAACCUGGUGAGCUACUACCACUUUGACAGGAUGAACCAGGCCCAGCCUGAUCCAGGUCCCUGGGACGGUUACAUCCACAAGUUUAUGAAGGGAAAGUUGGCCUGGGGCUCCUGGUAUGACCACGUGAAGGGUUACUGGGAAGAGAGAGAAAAGAGGAACAUUUUAUAUCUGUUUUACGAAGACAUGAAAGAGAAUCCUCGCCGUGAGGUGGAACGCAUCAUGAAGUACUUGGAUCUGUCGCUUUCUGAUGAUGUCAUAGGGAGCAUUGUGGAGCUCACAUCAUUCAAGGCCAUGAAGGACAACCCAAUGACUAACUAUACUUUUCUGCCGGAGAUAUUUGACAACUCUGUCUCACCUUUUAUGAGAAAAGGUGAAGUGGGUGACUGGGCCAGUCAUUUCUCCUCAGAGCAGCUGCAGUUAUUUGAAGAAGAUUAUGAAAGACAAAUGAAAGGCACAAACAUUCCUUUCAGGAUGAACAUUUAGCUGAGGGUUGGAGAAUUUCCUUAUUAUUUACUGUUUUCCAGGGAAUCCUCAUCAAAUACUAAGAUAAAGGGAGUGAAUAUGGGUGAAGUGGGUUGAGUAGUAAGUCACUGGAUUUUGAUCCAUGUUCAAUACGAUACUGUCACAUCUGUCUUCCAUUUGUCAGGUAUGUGAGUCUGGUCUGUUUGUUCUUGCUGUGUGCCAGUGGUAACUGGCUCUGACUCUUAGUCAAACAGAGCAGUGAGUGCUGGUCACUACCUUUAUCUAACCUUUAUCUCCCUUUAUCUUAGUAUUAGUAUUUGGAUAGAAUGGGUAGAAUGGGGUUCUCUGGAAAACAGGGAAUAUAAGGAAAUUCUCCACCCUUCAAUGCCGAUUGGCUCGUAUGCAAACCAGACAAGAUUGUUAAGUAAAGUAAAAAUAGACUCAACAGAAGAGAGAGUACCACUUGAAUAAGGUGAAAAUUAUUAACAAAUCAGCUGUUCCUAAAAGAUGGGUGAAUAAUGUCAGAAAACAAAGAAAUAAUGUUCAUUCAGUAAGCCCCAGUUAUCUUUAGUAUAAUUGAACUGUCAAUACAUCAUUAAGGUAUAUGGUCAUUAAGGUCAAUGAUUAUUACUGGAUAAAAAGAUGUGAUAAAUAACUAUUUAGCAGGAAAAUCAAAUCUAGAAAAAAAAUCAUCUUUAUAUACUAAUUCAAAGAGACAAAAAGACAAAGAUUUGAUAUUCACUUAAUAAUAGCCUAUUACUCGCUCUAUGUCCCUCAUUUUGGUUGAACCACAAGCUUCCUACUGAGGAAGAGAACAAAAAAAAUGAAUAAUUGAUAAACAUAAUUUUCAAAUGUAUGUUUUAUCAAGUAUUACAUAUCUAGUCAUUUUUAAAAUGCUACCUUUUGUUUUUCCUUAUUGUCAAUCAAAAUUGAUCUUGA